CUAAUAUAUUUCUCCCAGGAACAACAUUUGUUCAAAGCUCCUCAAACAAAAGCAGAAAGAAUCUUGAAUCGCCUGAAAUGAACAUGAGAGUUUUCUACAAGAGUCUGUUGUCUUUACUGGGAUUUUUCUCAGUUCAGAUGAAAGCAGAAACAGAAGUGAACAUAGCAAGUUGGGGAACAGCAAAUCAGUCGACAACAUUUGACGGCUUCAAUCGUGACUGGAACGCCCAAAAUGCUGUGAAUGGGUCGAGCUCUGAAUGUUCUCAUACAGUUGAACAAAGUGACCCGUGGUGGAAGCUGGAUCUGAAGAAGACGUACACUGUGAACAGAGUGACCAUCACUAACAGAAUCUGUCAAACAGUGAACUGUGAAAUCUGGAUAAACGGGGCAGUGAUUCGGAUUGGAAACGAUCCUUCAGAUGUUUUAGGCAACCCAGUGUGA